CUUUGUAUGUAUAGUGUAUACCUACAGGUACGUAAAUCUGUAUCUGUAGCUUUGUUCUCUGCAACACAAUCCCCAAAAUACUCAGCUUUUGUGCAAGUCUGAAGCCAAAAUCACAGGUUUUCUAGAUAGAAUUUUGAGAAUGGAGGUGGAAAUGGAGGAUGACAAUAGUAGUAGUAAUACGGUUGUUGAGUUUACGUUUACGGCGGUGGAAAUCGACCUCGAUUACGAGUUCGAAGCCGCGAGGUUCUUUGAUUUUAAAAGGGAGGAGUCGCUAGAAGAAGCUCGUGAGGCAGAAAUGUGGUUUGAUUCCGUCGAAAGCUAUCCUCCUUCGCCGUUCGCAGUCAGAUUACUUUCAAGAGAACUAAGUGAAAAUGCAGAUGUUGCUUCACAAUCAAAAGGUUUUGAUGACGCAAGUCAGCUGGAUGGUGUCUCUGAUGUACGAGCACCAGAAGAUUCUGCAAUGGCUUUGAGAAACACAGCUGUUAACUCCCUUGCAGACGGUGAUGGGGUGAAUGAGGGAGUUCCUUUGGAGUUGAAGAGUUACUAUCUACAAGCGUUCCAGAAGCAACAGUCUACCAGUACAAUACCUAGAGGGUUGGGAUUUAAAGAUAGCACAAGAAAUGAUAAUUAUAAAUCUAAGACAAAACCAAGUUGGAAACCAUCUUUUCCAAGGACCUCAACUUUGAUGAAACCUACAGCAAGUCAAUUGGCUAAACAAAACCAGGAGCGCUUAGUGGAUCAUUUCAGGUUUCAGAAAUUGGGGAACAGUUCUUCUGGCAUUGAAAGUCAAGCUGCUAAAAGACAAAAGCUCGAGGGCGGCCACUUGUGUAAGGUUACAGAGACAAAGCAACAAGCUAACUUUGUCCACAAGCCGCCAAAAAGGGAAGGCACCUUUGAUGGGAAUGCAGGUCAUGGUAGAUUACGAAUCACUGUUCCUAGACCACCUGAUCUUGCAACAGCUCAAAGGGCACAAAGGAUAAGGCCAAAAGGUGAUAUUGGAAGUGAGCAUGUGGCAUCAAGAGCUCCUGGGUUCAGAGCUCUUCCUCUCAACAGAAAGAUUUUUGAGGCACCUUCAUCGUUACACCAAAAAAGAAGCACUCCCCAAUUACCAGAGUUUCAAGAAUUUCACCUGAAGACAACAGAGAGGGCUGCACAAAAUGCUGCUGCAGUUCCAUCAACUUCAGCUUGUGGAAACAACUUGAAGGUGCCGCAGAAGCCUAGUUUUGCCUUUGCUGCAGAAAGUAGCAACAGAGAAUCCAAAGGGAUUUCCAUGAGUACAACCUACUGCUCAUGUGAUUAUUCUACAUUGCAAAAAUCACAUGUUGCUAGUGUUUCGAAACAGGAGGAUUGUGAAACAAUUCACAGAUUUAAAGCUCUACCCCUUAACAAGAAGAUAUUUUCCAGUAAAGGAGAUCUAGGAGUUUUCAGAAGUAGCAAGAGGGAGACGACAGUUGCUAUGACAUUUAAUUUUCAAACCGAGAAGAGAGCUCAUCAUGCUCCACCAGUUGAUCUCUUUAACAAGCUCUCGUUGGCAUCAGAACUUCAACAGGAUUCUGGUUCUCAGUUAAAUAGGCCUAGGUCUAGGCCUAGGCCUUCUGUUUUUACGAAGGGCUCAAAAGAAAACCGAGUAUGCUCCUUUCAACAACAAAGUGAGAUGAAGCAUUUAUCAACUGGGAAGCUACUGAGAAUGGGAUCAAAACAAGUUCUGUUUGACUGUGAUAAGACCAUCACUGAAGGCACUCCCUUGUUAACAAUUAGCAGAAACUUGGUUAUCCGUUAACAUGAUGAAAACUCCGCGACUGGUGCUAUUGAUGGAAGACCAAACCAAGGAACCAAGAUAUUGUUGCUGUGUGAUAUUGCAUCUCGAUCUCCCAAAUCUCGUUACCAACACCAUACAGACCUUAGACUUGUCAAUAAAUGUCAGAAAACCAAAGUUAGUUGUACAGCUCUUAAUGAUUUCCUUCUGUUUCUUUUUUAGUCACCAAUGAAUGAGAGCAUAUAUGUCUCUAUAAAAAAAAGAAGAAAAUACAGUAGAACUAAGUUUGCAUCUGUUGCAAUAUAAUAUGAU